AUGACUUCGCUGCUUUUCAGAACCACAGCGGCUCUGGCCAUUUUAAUGGUGGUUGUAUUGGUUCAUGGAGAACUGAGAAUAGAGACAAAAGGACAGCAUGGAGAAAAUGGAACAGCAAUACAACAAGCCAAAAGGAGAUACAAACGUGAAUGGGUGAAAUUUGCAAGACCCUGCAGAGAAGAAGAAGACAACUCGAAAAGAAACCCAAUUGCCAAAAUUACUUCAGACUUCCAGGCACAUCAGACAAUUUACUACCAAAUUUCUGGAAUAGGAAUUGAUCAGCCCCCUUUGGGAAUCUUUGUUAUUAACAGAAUUACUGGAGAAAUUAACAUAACAUCCAUAGUGGAUCGUGAAAAAACCCCAAGCUUCAACAUCAUAUGUCAUGCUCUAAAUGUCCAAGGAAGAGAAGUAGAGAAACCACUUACAUUAACAGUCAAAAUUUUAGACAUCAAUGACAAUGCUCCAGUGUUUUCACAGAGCAUAUUCAUGGGUGAAAUUGAAGAAAACAGCCCUGCAAACUCACUGGUGAUGAUACUAAAUGCCACAGAUGCAGAUGAACCAAACAAUCUGAACUCGAAAAUUGCCUUCAAAAUCGUCUCUCAGGAACCUGCAGGCAACCCCAUGUUCCUCCUCAGCAGACACACUGGGGAAGUCCGUACUUUGACCAAUUCUCUUGAUCGAGAGCAAGUUAGCAGCUAUCGUCUAAUUGUGAGUGGUGCAGACCGAGAUGGAGAAGGACUGUCAAGUCAGUGUGAAAGCAAUAUCAGAGUGAAGGAUGUCAAUGAUAACUUCCCAAUGUUCAGGGAAUUGCAGUAUUCAGCACGUAUUGAGGAAAAUACUUUAAGUUCUGAGUUGCUUCGAUUUCAAGUAAUAGAUUUGGAUGAAGAGUUCACAGAUAAUUGGCUUGCGGUAUAUUUUUUUACCUCUGGAAAUGAAGGGAAUUGGUUUGAAAUACAAACUGAUCCCAGAACGAAUGAAGGCAUCCUGAAGGUGGUUAAGCCUCUAGAUUAUGAACAAGUACAAAAUGCGCAAUUUAGUGUCGCCGUCAAAAACAAAGCUGAAUUUCAUCAAUCAAUAAUCUCUCAUUAUCGAGUGCAGUCAACCAAAGUCACAGUUAAAGUUGUAAAUGUGCAAGAAGGAAUUAUAUUCCGUCCUGCUUCCAAGACAUUUAUUGUCCAGAAAGGCAUAAGUAGUAAAAAGUUGGUCGGUUAUAUCCUGGGAAAGUAUCAAGCCAUUGAUGGAGACACUGGCAAAGCUGCCUCAAAUGUCAGAUAUAUCAUGGGACAUAAUGAAGGUGGUUUGCUAAGUAUUAAUAAAAAAACGGCUGAAAUCGAAUUUGUCAAAAACAUUGAUCGGGAUUCUACUUUCAUCGUUAACAAAACAAUCACAGCUGAGAUUCUGGCCAUCGAUGAAAACACAGGUAAAACAUGUACAGGCACCAUAUAUGUGGAAGUACCUGGUUUUAAUGAAGAUUGCCCAACAACUGUCCUCGAAAAGCAAACGAUUUGCAGCUCAUCACCUUCAGUGGUUGUCUCAGCUAUAGUACACGAUAGGAGUAAAUAUACUGGCCCCUACACAUUUUCACUGGUGGAUGAAUCUAUAAAAGUGCCAGCUAUGUGGAGCCUCACAACUCUUAAUGCUACCUCAGCACUCCUAAUAGGCCAGCGGCAGGUGUCCCCUGGAGUGUACAGAGUCUCCCUCACAGUUUCAGACAAAGAAAACAGGCAGUGUGAGAUCCCAGAGAGUCUGUCUCUGGAGGUCUGUCAGUGUAACAACAGAGACGUCUGCGCAGCCCCAUACCCUGGGGCCAGGAACGAAGAAAAGAAGUCAUCUUGGAGGCUGGGGCCUGCUGCCAUUGGCCUGAUAUUCCUUGGCCUUUUGCUGUUGCUGCUGGUCCCCCUUCUGCUGCUGACCUGUGACUGUGGGACAGGUCCUAUAGGGGGGACAACAAGUGGAUUCAUCCCAGUUCCCGAUGGUUCAGAAGGAACAAUCCAUCAGUGGGGAAUCGAAGGAGGCCAACCUAAAGACAAGGAAAUCACAAAUAUUUGUGUGCCAUUUAUAAAUGCCAAUGGAACUGAUUUCAUGGAAAAUUCUGAGGUUUGUACAAACACAUGUGCCAGAAGAAGGAUGGUGGAAGAAAAUUUGAAGACAGAACAGACCACCAAGCUUGAAACAGCUACAGGAUGUGGAGCAGAUAUGGGAUCUGGAGAUGCUGGGGGAUUUAGAACAAUAGGACUUGGCUUCUGUUCUACAGAACAGUCAGGAACAAUGAGAACAAGACAUUCCAUCGGGGGAACCCAGAGGGAAUGUGGUGAAGGAGAAAUAAACAUGAAUUUCUUGGAGUCCUACUUUUCUCAGAAAGCAUUUGCCUGUGCAGAGGAAGAGGAUGGCCAGGAAGCAAAUGACUGCUUGCUGAUCUAUGACAACGAAGGACUGGGUGCCCCUAGCUCUCCUGUGGGCUCCCUGGGUUGUUGCAGUUUUAUUGUCGAUGACCUGGAUGAGAGCUUUUUGGAUUCGCUAGGCCCGAAAUUUAAACAGCUUGCAGAGAUAAGCCUGGGGCUUGAUGACAAAGCCAAACAAUCUCAGCCACACAACAAAAACAGUGGCUCUGGGAUUGGAUGCUGUGACCAUUCUGUACAAAUUCAGCAGUCAGAACCUUCUAGGUGCCAGAUUUCCUCAGACAGUCAAGGAUCUUCUGCUUUGUCUGCUUCUUGCUCUGUCCUCCAACCAGCCAUUCCCAUCCCUGAUCCUUUGCAGCAGCGUAGCUGUUUGGUAACAGAGACUUACUCAGCUUCUGGCUCCCUCAUGCAAACUUCUACUGCAGCCUUUGAUCCACUUCUCACGCAAAAUGUUAUAGUGACAGAAAGAGUGAUUUGUCCCAUUUCCAGUAGUCCUGGCAGCCUACGCGGUCCGACUGAGCUACGAGGGUCAUGUAAUAUGAUCUGUACAGAAGAUCCUUGUUCCCGUCUGAUAUGA